AUCUCUGAGCGACGGUUGCGACUCCGGUUUUCACCAUGGCCGAAGCAGAAUCAAAGAAAGUCAUCAAGUUAGUUCCUGAGUAUCUCCUGAAAAAGAGGAAAGCCUACCAGGCCAUCAAAGCCACACAAGCCAAGCUAGCACUGCUUGAGAAGAGGAAGGUAUGCAAAGGCAAAGCAAUUAAGUUUAAGCGUUUGGAAGACUUCUUGAAAGACAGCCACAGGAGGCAUCGUGAUGAAACUCGCAUCCGGAGGUCUGAGCACAGGCCACCUGCUCCUCUGCCUCCUGCUAAGAACAGGCUAGCCUUUGCCGUCCGCAUCAGAGAGAUCAAAGGUGUCAGUCCCAAAGUGAUGAAGGUGAUCCAGAUGUUGAGACUGAGGAAGAUCUUCAGCGGGGCCUUUGUCAAAAUCAACAAGACCUCAGUAGCCAUGAUGAAGAUGGUGGAGCCGUAUGUGGCCUGGGGAUUUCCCAACUUGAAGUCUGUUCGUGAGCUCAUUCUGAAGAGAGGGCAGACCAGGAUCGGCAGGAGGAGAGUUCCUCUCACAGACAACACCUUCAUCGAGCAGCACAUGGGUAAACAUGGCAUCAUCUGUUUGGAGGACCUGAUUCACGAGAUCUACUCGGUUGGUAAGGGCUUCCGAGCUGCCAACAACUUCCUGUUGCCUUUCAAGCUGUCGGUUGCUCGUCACGCUGCCAGGGAUAAGGCUGGGCUGCUGAAGGACCUUGGAAACCCUGGAUUUCGCAACACAGACAUUAACGCCAUCAUCAGACAACUGAACUGAGGAGGAACUCAUGAAAGAUGGACAUUCGGCAGCAUCUAUAAGGAUGCUUUAUUGAAAGAAGCAAAUGCCAACAAUGUUUCUUUGGCAGGGGGUGAUGGGUUUACCCCAGUCAUAUUUAAUGUACAUUUAUGUGUACACCCAUUCUUCUGGGUACAGUGAUGGCCAAGAGUGGAGUUGCCCCUGACGACAGACUGAUGGAAGCAGUCGGCUCUUUGGUAAAAGUGUAACAAUAUUAACAAUAUCUCUUUAAAUGUAAUAUAUCAUCUGUUAAAGGGUGCUUCGUUGCUACAUUUAAUAUUCCUCAGGUUGUCAGAGGAAUGGAUCAAUACUGGUUGCAUAUAAUAGGACAGUAAUUGAAUAAUUAGGAUGGGCUGUCCUGCAUGCAGGAACCAGCAGCCCACCUACAGCGAAUUCAUGUACUACAUUGUAGUUUUCAGCCUGAAAAAUCUGUUGAUUUAUGAUUCACUGUAAAUACAGUUUGUUUUUACAAUAAAAAAAGAUUCAGCAGUU